AUGGGAAUCUCUGGGUUGUUGCCAUUAUUGAAGCCCAUCACCAAAAAAACGCACUUGCGGGAUUUUUCCGGAAAGACCGUUGCCAUUGACGGCUACUCUUGGAUACACAAGGGCGUAUAUGGGUCAGGUCUAGCCAUUUUCGAGGGCAAGGAUGUUAGCUCGCAUGUCACAUAUUGCAUUAAAAGGCUUUCCAUGUUUCUUGAUGCUGGAGUGACUCCGAUUUUUGUUUUUGAUGGAGGUCCUUUGCCCAUGAAGGCUGGCCAAGAGGCCGAGCGGAAAUCGGAAGAGGCAAGAAAGGUCGUCACUCGCGCACUGAAAAGCAAAGAUCGUCGUAUGGCGUGGGAAUAUGCCAAUCGCUGCAUCGAUGUGACGCCUGAAAUGGUUGCCCAGCUUACGGUGGAGCUGCAAGCAAGAAAAAUAGCCUACAUUGUGGCGCCAUAUGAGGCCGAUGCUCAAAUGGCCUUUCUUGUCAAAAAUGGAUUUGCAGAUGCUGUGGUCAGUGAAGAUUCAGAUAUGCUUCUUUUUGGCUGCCCCCAACUUGGCGCAGAUGGGACUGGAGAUUUGAUUCAACUAGAAGACAUUGCAAAAGUCGCCUCGUUCAAGGGCUUUUCCCAUCUUCAGUUUCGGCAAACCUGCAUCCUUUCUGGGUGUGAUUAUUUGGCCUCUCUUCCAAAAGUCGGCAUGGGAACGGCCAUACGCCUGAUGCAGACAAACCGGUCCAUUGAUGCUAUUUUUAAGGCGCUAAGGAGUCCCACCAGCAACUAUGACGAACAGGCAAUUGAGGCCUACAUAAAAGGCUUUAUUUUGGCAGAUUUGACCUUUUCUCAUCAAAGAGUGUGGGAUCCUUGCAAGCAAUCCAUUGUUACCCUGGAGCCGAUCGGAGCUGCCCUUUCGGCAAGCUCUUGGAUCCCCCAGGAUCUCGCCAAUAUCCUUUGCACAAAUGACGCCGAGUUUGUGCCUUCCUCAUUUGAAGAAUGGCCCUUUCCGGUGCGUCGACUGGAAUUUCUUGGCCCGCCAAUUACGGACCCCAAAAUUGCUUCUGGGAUUGCUCUCGGGGCAAUUUGCCCGAUCACAAAAAAGACACUGAAUAUUUUGCCAGCUCCAACGGAGGCGCAUGUUUUUGGCGUCCAAGUUUUAAAAGAGCCUUUAGAGAAAAAGAAACCCACCAAGCUUCCGUGGCUGACAAGGCUGUCAUUGAAGCCAGCCAUUUCAAUCAUGAAGAACGAAGCUAUUGACAAGCGAAAUCUGGACACAGGAAAUAGUGACAAGGAAAACAUGCUACUUCAACCCGAAUUUGUUGAAGCCCAAAGCCCGGUGUCCAAACACCACAAUUUUAAUGCUGCCGAUAAAGCCGUUCCGACUGCUCCUGAAGGCGAGGUUAAAAGAAGAAGGAUAUCCCCUUAUUUUGAAAACAGGAGAAAAGCCUCGUUGUCUAUUGAGCCCCAGCUGAGCGAUUAG